CCCGAAUCAAGUAUAUAAAUCAAUUUUUAAGAUAAUACCUGAUAAAACAAAAGAAUUAUAUGAAGGUUUUGCUAAAAAAAGUAACCAAGAUAUGAUAAGACUGGAGAAUUUCCAAUACACAAAUCAGUCAGAAACUUUCAAUUCAACGAUGAAGUUCGUAUUUCUCCUAACCUUUGUUUUUGGAGCAAGUCAAGCAUUUUGGACAGAUUGUCCAGGUGUUCCAGGAUUAGAUUUAUUUGAAUCACCACAAUGUUCAGGCGAUCGAUGUCGAGCAACGCGUGGUGAAAUUUUUUAUGGAAAAUUUUGGUUUCAUACUGCUGGAGCGUAUAAUGAGCUUCGUAGUAGGGCUACGGCAUUUAUUUUUGGAAUUGGAGUAAAUCUGCCUAUGACUCCACCCCACGAUGAUUUGUGCAAUUUAAUUCAGUUCCCAAAUGGAACAUUGACAAGCUGUCCAACGAUUCCGAAUCAGCAAUAUUUAGUUGAAUUUAUAAUGGAAAUACCACAAAUAUUCCCUACGAUGAGAAACACAAGAGUACAAGGUGAUUUAUUCAAUGGAAAUGACAGAGUUAUAUGUUUACAAAUUCUAGCAGAUCUCUUGUAGCUAUGACUUGCAAGAUAAAAUUUGAAUUGUUUCUUGUUGGAUUUCUUUCAUGACGAUUCUAAAUUGUAAAUAAAUAUAUCUUUAUGGAAGCUUAACUUGACAUUUUCAAUUUUUAAUCAAGGUCGCAUUAUUAACAACUUUUUAAUACAUUCCUUUGCUGAUAAGCUUCAUAAAUUGUGUAGAUGAUGCAAGAACAAAAUCUUCCACUUAUCGGGUAGCAGUUGUUUUACUCCUAAUGUCCUUUAAUUCGACUUAAUAUCAAAUAGUACAUUUCUAUCAUAACUUAUCAUAAUACGUCAUAUUCUUGAUUUAAAAAUCCUAAAACAUCACUUUUAUAUUUCAUCUACCUUUAUAAACAUUAAAUAAAUCAAAACAACAUAAAAUAUGAGAUAGAAAUAAAUUAAUAAUGAAG